AUGUUGACAUUGAAGGCUCAACUCCGAAGGGGUACAAGGUAUAUAAUACUGUCUCAUAUCCAUUACAGUGGAACCACUCAAUCAAUACGGAAUUAUCGUCCUACGCUGGUUGAUUUCUUUACUGCAUAUCAUCCUCAAACAAUAACCUCCCCACCACCAGAUAUAAAAUGGAAGAAUUAUUCACCGCCACAUUUAUUUCUUGGAGGAAGAAGAUCACCGUCCAAAUCAUUUAUUGAACAAUAUGAGGCAGAACAUCCGAAUCCAAGAACUGAAGAAAUAAAAGAAGCUUGCUCCACACCAUAUUUAAAAGGUCUACGUCUCCUACAAAAAGAUUCUCGAGAUAGAAACCCAGAAGAGACAUUGUAUAUUAUAGAAAAGGCAUUUGAAACGAUACCUAAUUUUGUUCCUCGGCUUGGUGAAAAGAGAUUAAUUGAACUUCCAUAUCAUGCAGCAUGUAAAGAUAUAAGAAUUGAAGAGAAUACUUUCCGGUCAGUUUAUGAUAGAAUCUGGGAAAUAUAUAAAGUAGUGAGAACAGCUCCACCAUCCCCGUUAUAUUUCAGACGACGCAUAUGGCUUUGUUAUCAUGCGAAUCAAGUGAAUGUUCUCGAGGAUUUAAUAAAAGACCAUUUAUAUGAAUUGGAUCCUGCAUCAAUAGCUUAUGCAGUAUCUUCAUAUAUUGUACAACAUAGGAUUCAAGAAGCUAAGAUUUUAUUUCAACGAGCAAUUAUAAGUACUAAUUACAAUUUACCAGAAGUGCUUUUCCGGACAAUAUUAUUUGAAAUGAUAUCUCAUCAAUCCCUUUUUGAAAACCUACAAUAUAUAUUAAAUGUUUGGAUCAAUUCACCUAGAUGUGAACCAUUGAGUGCCAAAUCAUGGGCCAUGUUGUUAAGAGAAUAUUAUAAAUACGGAACUCCACUUGAACUUUCGGAAAUAAAACGGCUUAUAAAGAAACUGGGAUAUUCUGACCAUUAUUUGAUACUAUCUGCUUCGUAUGAAUGGGAAGUUAUUAGACCAAGAAGGCCGUUUUCACUUACGGCGGAAAUUACCAAGGAUGAUUUGGAUAACAUUGAAUCAUUUGCCCCUACUGAAAUAAAAGAUCUUGAAGAAUUUUAUAUAACCUGGAUGUAUUUUUUCAGUAGAAAAAUGGAUAUGAAUCUGAUACAAUAUAUUUUAAAACAAGUUAAAAGUAAAAUAGGCAAAAUAGAGCCAAUAUUUUUCGAAAUGGUGAUGGAUUAUUUUAGUAGAAUUGGAAAUUUCCGGGAUUUGAAAGAUUUCUUACAAGCUACCAUGCCAUUGUUCCCUUAUCGAACAAGAUAUCUUCGACCUAUUUUACUUUCUAUGGCAAAGGAUUAUCCGAAACAUGCUGAACAAUUUUCUAAAGAAUUAAAGGGCUUAGUAGUUGAAUCGAGUUCAAGAGAAUCGAUGAAGGAACUACUUAAUAUUUCUUCGUAUAAUAGCCGAUAUCACGUUGAACGUAGUUAUAACAAAAGAAAUUUGGAUGCUGAUAGAUAUCAUAAAAAGUUCUGGAGAAGGAUAAUUUGGAAUGGGAAAGUGGAUCAUAAAGAAUUUAUGGACCAGGUUAAAUUUAGAGUUCAUACUGGGUUUAUUUUUUUGGUAAGUGAAGGAUUCCGACCUAAUUAUCAACUUUUUCAUGAAACAAUUCCUUUUUGUACUGAAGAACAAUGUAUGAUUAUUAAUGAUUUAUUAAGAAAAUGUCGUCUUGAUAAUGAACAAAAUAUGACUAAUUUAGAAUUGAAAAUCUUAUAUAAAAACCGAAACAAUAUUGGAAAAGAAGGAUUCCGAACAUAUUUUAAUGAACAUAAAGAUCGAUUAACUGUAAGACAGAUUUUUUCAUUUUGGCUGCAAUUAACUGAACUUCAUAUGCAUAAAGAAGCAGAAUAUUUACUUGAUUCAAUUGAAGAAUUCGAUUUAAAUGAUAGUGUUCAAAUUUUAAGAUUUUAUCGAAGAAUGCUUACAUAUCUUUAUACUCAACAAUAUGAUAAAAUGGAACAAGCCAUGGAAAACUUUCCAAUUGAUACCAUUACUAUAAAACCAAUUCUACCACAAUUACUUACGAAAAUUUCUCAUGAAUUAAAAUCUGCAGAAACUCGGAGAUAUCAUAAUAAAGAAAGACUUUUGCAAAUAAAAAAUCAAUUCACCAGUUUUUUUAAAGAAGUUAAUGAUCGUUUGAAUGAAGAUGAUGUAAAUAUACCUAAAGAGAUUGUUGAAUUUGUUAAACUUUUACGAAAUUGGAAGGCUAAUAACUAG